CUGAUUCCGUCGGAUACAGUUUGAUUGUCGGAAGGAGCAGACGAUCAUUAACAAUCGAAGAAAUAAUUGCCCUUGUUUAAAUCCUGUUAUCGAAAAUAAUAAGCUAACUAUUUUUUUCGGUUAAAAACGAGAGAAUUUCCUUUUCCCUUGAAAAAUGAAAAGUUUCAAAUUGCCUUUAAUUCUUAUAAUAGCCGUGAUCAAUAUCUCCCAAAUAUUGGGUCACGGUAUGCUAAUGGAGCCUGUGAAUCGACUCAGCGCAUGGAGAUUGGGUUUUAAUACUCCAGUUAAUUACGACGAUAAUGCUAAUUUCUGCGGUGGAUGGGCGGUUCAGUAUGAAGUGAAUGGUGGAAGAUGCGGCGCGUGUGGGGAUUCUUAUUCAGAUGAUCAACCCAGGCGGAGCGAAAAUGGUGGACUCUAUGGAACUGGAACAAUUGUCCAAAAUUACACCCAGGGUCAAGCUUUCACAGCAAUCGUCCGCAUAACAUCAAAUCAUCGAGGCUACUUCACCUUCGCCCUGUGUCCACUGGACAAACCGAGUGACAUAGAAACGGAAGAGUGUUUCAAGAGGCACCCAAUUUUGACAGCAGACGGCCAAUGGAAGUACGUUUUGCCCCGUUAUGAUGCCGAUGAUUAUGCUAUUGAAUUGGUCUUGCCCGAGGAUCUGACGUGCGAACAUUGUGCUCUCAGAUGGCAGUAUACAGCCGGAAAUAAUUGGGGUAUGUGCGAGAAUGGAAGGGGAGCAAUUGAAUGUGGAAAGCAGGAAACUUUCAGGACAUGCUCUGACAUCGCCAUCUACAAGAAAUAAUUAUUGUUGUUGUUUUCCUAAGAAAUAAAGCUUCACUCAUUUGAAUUGAA